AUGAAGGGUCUACGCUCGUUUCAGCUGUUGUUGAUCGCAUUGCUGGCAAUUGUUGGCUCUGUCGUUGCGAAAGAGUUUAGCCACUCCACUGGCUUUGGUACAACGAAAGAAGAAAUCAUCGCCAACAGAGAAAGGAGAAAGGAGCAACUUAAAAAACUGUUAGAUGAAGUGCGUGAGACCAAAGACAACCAUGACUCUGGCAGAAAACUUCUCAGUGAUGAGGAGCUGACAGUAGUGGAUCGGAAGAUUAGUGCUUAUGAGAGAAAGCUAGAGACUAUGCAGGGAGAAAUGGAUGAGAGAGAAGUUGAAAAAGUCAUGCAACGAGAAAAGCUUCGCUAUGAAAGAGAUGAACAGAGGCGACAGGAACGUAGACAGAGAGGUUCUGAAUUCUGA